AUGAGCCAGACCAGCGUAAACCUGACCCAGGAGGGUUCGACCAAGGCGGCAUUGAAUGUUGGCGCCGAGACUGUACACGAUUCGAACACCAACUCACAGGCUUCAUCCACAUACCGCAACAAGGAGGGGUGGAACAACUCCACAGAUGGAAAUGUUACGCCACCGUCGAGCCAAGAUGAAGCUCCCGUAACAGUGGAACUCGCACCACUGCGCAAAUGGACGAUCCUGUUCCUCCUCUGCUUCAGUCAAUUUUGGGACAUUGUCAAUGUUACUGCCCCAACCAUUGGUCUCCCCGACAUCGCCGCCGACCUCGACAUGGGACCUUCACAAAGACCUUGGGUCGUGUCCGCCUAUGCGCUUUCAUUUGCUGGCCUCUUGCUCCUGUGUGGCCGCCUGUCCGACAUGAUUGGAGCUAAAAUCACAUUUUGCAUCGGCUACUUUGUGCUUGGUAUCGCUGCGAUCAUCGCCGCAGUCGCACCCGACGCCAUCGUUCACCUCGUCUUUCGUGCCAUUCAAGGUAUUGGUGCCGCGCUCACCAUCCCCAGCGCCAUGAGCCUCAUCGCAGCUCACUUCCAAGGCAAACUGUUCACGGUCGCUUUCGGCAUUUUUGCAGCAGCCGGAUGCAUUGGAAAUGUGCUCGGCGUCAUCAUCGGAGGCGUCAUCACCGCAUAUGUGCCAUGGCAAUGGAUCUUCUACGUAACCGCCAUUUGCGUCAUUCCUGCCGGCAUUGCCUCCAUCUUUGUCCUUGUCCACGUACCUCCUCAGCAAAAGUUCACAUGGGCAAGACUCGAUGUCCCGGGUGUGACGACUGGCACCUUUGGCAUCAUCCUUCUCACCUUUGCUUUUGCUGGCGCCUCAACAUACGGCUGGGCCAGCGCCACGAUCCUCGCGCCACUGCUCAUCAGCAUCGCGUUGCUGCUCUGCUUCGUUUGGGUCGAGCACAAGGUCAAGUAUCCCGUCAUUCCUCCAUCGCUGUUCUCUCUGCAAUUCAGCGUGCUGGUCGGUGUGGCCUUUAGUCUGUACUUUUGGUUCAACAGUCUGGUCUACCAAACGUCCUACCUCUUCGAAAACGUCUUUCAAUGGACACCCAUCCAAACCGCCGUACACUUUCUUCCACUCGGUUUCAUGGGCCUCCUCGCAUCAUUCAGCAGCGGCUUCGUCAUCAAAUACGUCCCCGUCCGAUACACGAUGCCCGUAUGCCAGCUGCUCAUGGUUGCAGGUGCGCUGCUAAUGUCCUUUGCACGCGACUCGGGCGACUACGCCAGACUCAUCGUGCCCGGCUUCCUGAUCGGCAACCUGGGCAUGGCCAGCUGCUUUGCCCCUGUCAACAUCAGUCUCAUGGAACUGUGUCCCAGCGGCAUGGAAGGUGUUGUAGGCGCCAUCUUCAACAGUGCUGUCCAGGUCGGUUCAGGCAUCGGCAUUGCCAUUCUAGCCUUGGCCAGCGACAGUAUCCAGCCAAAGUACAUUACACCGGAGAGAAUCGCUGCCGCUGGCGGCGACACAGCACUCGCUGAACGACAAGCCUUGGCCAUCGGCAUUGGUCAAAGCUACUACAUCCUUGUUGCCUUUUCCGCUCUCCUCAUCCUCCUCGUGCUCGCCACAACCACGUUUAGGCAUCGCAAGCCCGAGACGAACGAAGAUGUCGAGUCGCAAGAGAAACGUCGCCCCGUUGCUGCCGCAUAA